ACAUGUUCCGCUGUGUCCCUGUAUAGAUGGUUCCGCUGUGUCCCUGUAUAGAUGGUUCCGCUGUGUCCCUGUAUAAAAGGUUCCGCUGUGUUGAGAAUGACAGGCAUACCUGUUUUGGACUAGAGAUUGGAAGUAUUGAAGCAGAAGGGUCAGCAUGACAGCCAGGCAAGCAAUGCAGCCUUCAGAUGUCUCAGAAAAGGACGCCCGGAUGGAAUUGAGAUAAGAGAAUGUUCCGCAAGGGGAAAAAACGACACAGCAGCAGCAGUUCUCAGAGCAGUGAGAUCAGUACGAAGAGUAAGUCUGUAGAUUCCAGUCUUGGUGGCCUUUCCAGAUCCAGCACAGUGGCUAGCCUGGACACAGAUUCUACCAAGAGCUAUGGACAAACCACCGGUAAUUCUGAUCCGUGUGCCGAGUUCAGAGUGAAGUAUGUGGGAUCCAUUGAAAGAGUGCAGCCCGAGGAGAACAAACCUCUACAGGGGCCUUUGGAUCUCAUCAAUUACAUUGAUGUUGCACAGCAAGAUGGAAAACUUCCCUUUGUACCCUCAGAUGAAGACUUCAUCAUGGUUGUCUCAAAAUAUGGUGUUAAAGUAACUACCUCUGAUCAGUAUGAUGUGUUACACAGGCACCCCCUCUAUCUCAUUGUGUCCAUGGUGUGCUACGAUGAUGGACUGGUGGCAGGAAAGAGCUUGUUGGCCCUGAAGACCAAAGAUGCCAGCGAGGAGCAGUAUAGCCUGUGGGUGUAUCAGUGCAGCACUCUGGAACACGCACAGGCCAUCUGUAAGAUUCUCUCCACAGCCUUUGACUCUGUUCUCACCGAAAAGACUCGAGUGCCAGCAGAAUAAUCCUCUUCUGCGCUCACCAAAUGUGCCUUCUGUCCAGAGACGCCUUCCCACCUUCAUCAAGGCAGAUCCCUACUGAGAAUAUCAGACACAUGUACAUUCUAUAUAUGACAAAGCUUGGUCUGUUACUAUAAUCCAGUAACACCAAUGGACUAAUAACAUGGGAGUAGAAUUGUCAAUACACAUUGACGAAAGGUACACUCACUGCAUGUACGAAUGAAAUCACACAGGUACGAUGGAAGAUCUUUAUCCUGGGAUCAUACCGCCAUUUUAUAUACACAGGGAAUGGACUGUAUGCUCAUUUUGGGAGGCCUUAGACUUUCACUUUUCACAUUUAUAGGUACAUUUUUGCUGCUCUGAUUAUUCUAGUGGACACAGUGUAUUUAUUUAUAUAUUCGUAUUAUAUAUAUAUAUAGUACUGAUAAAAGGUAGAGUUGGAAGGUAUAAUCCAGCAGCAACAGAUAUUUCAGUUAUGAGUGGUUAAAGGAGAGUUACAUCAUCUGCUACCUUUAUUAUAUGUCACAGGCUGCAGUUCAUUGCAAAGGCUUGUGUUUUUUUUUUUUUUUUUUAAAUAA